AUGAUAGAAGGUGGCAUUACAUCUAGGAUGGCAGGAAUAACUGAGGAUGCGGGCCAUCAUCCGUCUCCACAAGACUAUAGGCUUCUGACCACAGACCCCUCCCAAUUAAGGGAGGAGGACCUCCCUGGGGACCUGCAGUCUCUGUCAUGGCUCACUUCGGUGGACGUGCCCCGACUACAGCAGAUGGUGGAUGGUCGUGGCCACAGCAAUGGGCCCUGCCAGGGCAGCUUGUUGGAGCAACAGACAGCCCAAUUGAGCAGCAUGGCCAUGACAGGACAGUCGUCCAUGCUCCACCUGCAAAGCAACAUGCAGCACAGCCCUUUGGGAAUCAGCAUCAUCAACACCCACAGUGGAACAAUGUCUCCGUUCUCCAUGAAUGGAAUGCCCUCACCGGGGUACCAGUGCCCUACUUCAGUGUACCAGUCGGCACCACAGCAGGUGUACUCGCUAACCCAAACUGGACAACAGUGCUCAACGGGCGGGCUGUACAGUAAUGUGUCUUUCAACAACCAAAGUCUAUUUUCACAACCUCGCCUGGCACCACAAGAACAGGACUUGCAGCCAAAAUGUUUCCCAAAACCCAUCUACUCCUACAGCUGUUUAAUUGCCAUGGCUCUGAAGAACAGCAAAACGGGCAGCCUUCCAGUCAGCGAGAUCUAUAGCUUUAUGAAGGAACACUUUCCUUAUUUCAAGACGGCCCCAGACGGAUGGAAGAAUUCGGUCAGACACAACCUGUCUUUAAAUAAAUGCUUUGAGAAAGUGGAGAACAAGACGAGCAGCUCAUCCCGGAAGGGUUGUCUGUGGGCACUGAACCCAGCCAAAAUUGACAAGAUGGAGGAAGAGAUGCAGAAGUGGAAACGCAAGGAUCUCCCGGCCAUCCGCCGCAGCAUGGCUAACCCAGAUGAGCUGGACAAACUGAUCACAGACCGCCCAGAGAACUGCCGGCGGAAGGCAAUAGAACCUAUCAUGACACGGCUGCCCAGCUGUCCGACGGGCCUCCCGCUGACAGCCCAAAUGCAGCAGGCCCAGCCCAUCGUGACCCUCUCCCUGCCGUGUUUACCGAUCCACCAGCACCAUCAGAUCCAAGCCCAGCUGCAGGCCCGAGCCCGCUUGGCGCCGAUGUCCCCGGCCCCGGCCCAAACGCCUCCCCUCCACGCGGUGCCCGACCUCUCCCAUAGUCCGCUAACGCAGCAACCCAGCAAACCUCCAGACGACUUCUACAGCGUGCACGUUGAUAGCCACACAGAGGUGGACGCACUGGACCCCAGCAUCAUGGAUUUCGCCCUUCAAGGUAACCUGUGGGAAGAAAUGAAGGACGACAGCUUUAACCUGGAUGCGCUGGGCACCUUCAGUAACUCCCCACUGCGACUAUCAGACUGUGAUUUAGGGAGCAGCCUGCCUCCUGCCUCCAGCGGCGCAAGCCUGCCGCUGUCAGACGUACAAGUGACGGGUCUGUACACUUCGUACACAACGCAGGAUCCCCUCUCCUCCCAGUACAUGGGCUCACCGGCCAGCAGCAAGCCCAUCGUCCUGCUUUAA